AUGCAGCUGCUGACUGAAAGAUUGGCUCUGCAGACCAGCAGCUCUCUCUCGGAUGGAGUGCGAGUGCGGUCUUCAGCCCGCCUGAGGAGCCGAGGGUGCCCAGCAGCCGGCCUGGCCUCCGCACCGGAAGCGGACGUCCCCAAGUCAGCCAAGGCUGCGUGUUUGCCGUCCUCGUCACACAAAGCCACCGACCGACGGACUUCCAAGAAGUUCAAGCAGGACAGAGAGAAUGUCAGGAAGGCGGAGCUCCAGAGGCUCGCCACCGAAAGUGCUGGUGCUCCCGCGCCGACGCUAGCACCCAAGGCCCCUGAGCCAGAGGAGCCCCUGGAGCUGCUCCCGGGCAACAAGGCCGGGCCUUCUGAGCAGCAGGAGGGUGACGGCGGCAGCCGAGGCCCCCUGGGGGAUGGACACCUGGAACAGACUGAGGAUGGUCUGUCUCUGCCAAAGCACAGCGCCGCGGCCUCUGAAGCGGCACAGGCCAACAGCAGCCCCACCGCCCAGGAGGAACCGGCACCCGAGACCCAGGCGGAGCAGAAGCCACUGCUUCAGAUGGACAGCAGCGUCUUCCUGGACGAGGACAGCAACCAGCCCAUGCCCGUGGACCGUUUCUUCGGGAACGUGGAUCUCAUGCAGGAUCUCCCACCAGUGUCUUUGGCUUAUCCUUCCAUGAGCAGAAGAGAGUUCCGGAAGAUGCACUUCAGAGCCAAAGACGACGACGAAGAUGAUGAUGCAGAAAUGUAGACGAUAAAAGCACAAAGUCCUUUCAUAUUUCGUGUGGUUCGCAACCUGGCACUCUGCACAAUUAAAGAGUUCAUUUAAAAACGGGACCCCAAGGGGACGGGUUCUUUAUCAGAAGCUCCAGACCUGGACCGUGGCCGUCAGCCAAGUGGCACACACUCCCAGGACACAGCCGCAGGAGCUGCUCACAGGAACGCCCCGGUCCCAGGCUUGUCCAGCGGCUGCUGCUGGGUGGGGGUGGGGGUGGGGGUGGCCGAGUGGGAUUCGCUUCCGCCGAGGGAGACCUUUGUAACAAAAGAUCUUCAUGUCAGUGCUUCAGUUUUGAUAACACGCACAUUGAUGCUCCCGUCAGACUCUGAUCAUACCUGUGAUUAAUUCAGCACCCGCUCCUCGAGAACUGUUUCGCUGCAUACGAUGCUGACGUGUACCCUGGAAAUGUUGCAAAACAUGUAUGGCAAAUAAAUAUAUUUUGAAACUA